UGCUCUGAUUAGGAUUUCCCCUUCAUAUGGACUCUUUGUAGUCCAGGGGAGUGAUUCUCACCCAUAUCACGAGAUUGCCUUCCCUCCAGGAUGAGUCCUAGCCUUUUCCUGCCAAUGUCAGAUUCUAGUUCCUUCUAAUAGUAGGUUUACAUUGCCUUCCCCCAUCUCUCUACCAACCCUCUACGUUCCAACUGCAUCCUCUAAAGAAGAGAUUUAGUGGUCUGUCGGGGUUGAAGGGAAAAGGAGAGAAGAACAUAGCUUGAUUUGAAGGAGAUGCGAUCAGAGUAAUCUCCUCCUUCAUUGGUUGAUCCUCCUAAAAAGACUUCUCAAAAGUUCCGUCGGCCCCGCCCCUCAGAUACGUCCCCUCCUUUUUGUACUGGGUUGGGCGAAAAGUGCAACAGUGGAGGGCUGGGGAGUUGCUCGGUACUCGGCGGAAUCCCGGAGCCACACCAUCUAUUCGAAGGGUCCGAUACCUCCGUGAGUUACCUUCUCAGGCUUGGAGUUGAACGUUAUCCUACCGAGACCCAGCGCAGCCAGGAGAAUCGCAGGAGCAUUUCCCAUCUUCCAUGAUGCCCCAAAACAUAAAUGUUAUGAAUAUGAACUUCCAACAUGGAAUGGGUGUAAAAAUAACGGGAGAUAUACUACCUGAUCCCCAGCGAUUUCGAAUUAACCUGGGCCCGGAUGAAGAUGACAUCGGCCUACACUUCAACCCACGUUUCAAUUAUCUUAAUGACAAAAAUAUCAUCAUCUUAAAUACGAGGAAGAAUGGGAAAUGGGGAGAAGAACAGAGGGAUUCUAGGUUCCCCUACAUUCCAGGGACAACGGUAGAGAACCUUAUUGUUAAGAAUAUGAAGCUCCGACCUGGAAUGGGUGUAAAAAUAACGGGAGACAUACUACCUAAUGCCCAGCGAUUUGAAAUUAACUUGGGCCAGGAUGAAGAUAACAUCGGCCUACACUUCAACCCAUGUUUCACCGAUCUUACUGACAACAAAGUCAUCAUCUUAAAUACGAAGCAGGCUGGCAAAUGGGAAGAACAACAAAGGGAGUUUAAGUUCCUUUACAAAGCAGGGAAAACAGUAGAGGUCUUUAUAAUUUUUGGAGAAAAGGAGUUUAAAGUGAAGCUUCCUGAUGGCUCUGAGAUUGUUUUCCCCAAUCGCCUUGAGUUAGAAAACAUAAACUUCAUGUCAGUUUCUGAUGAUUUCAGUGUCAAAAAGAUUGACUUUGAUUUGAGCCCUCCAAUUAAUCCAGAUUCAGAAAAACCUUCUGAACCCUUGAUGCUUCCUUAUUACUAAUAAAAAUGCCACACAUGAUAAUA